UCCAGAGAUAAUCUUACAACUACUUUUUAAUUUUCUGUCACUAUUUUAUUCUUCCCAUCUCCCAUAACUCUGCAUAUAUCUGAUAAAACCCUUCCUCGCCCAUAUCUGAUCUGUUGCUACCUCUUCUCUGUGCGUGUGCGUGAGAGAGAGAAAGAGAAAAGAAACAAUGGAUGCUGACAUGCUAAAAUCAUCAGCGCAGGAUCACAUGGACGUGAUGACAAUGAUGAUGCAAAUGGAAAAGUUUCCUGAAUUCUGUGACCCUUUUCACAACAUUCCCGCAUACCAAUCUCUGAUAAACCCAACUCCCUCCAUGCCGUUCAUGGGCGGCGCUCCCAUUCAAGAGCCGGUGACGCCGCCCCUCCAAGCCCCCGUGAUGUCAUCAGGUGGGAGAUUAAUCAGGAACAAUGCUUUGUCGAAGAACUCGUCAAUGGCGGCAAUGAGGGAGAUGAUUUUCAGGAUAGCGGCUAUGCAGCCUAUCCACAUAGACCCGGAAUCGAUCAAGCCGCCGAAGCGGCGGAAUGUGAAGAUCUCCAAGGAUCCGCAGAGCGUGGCGGCUAGGCAUAGAAGGGAGCGGAUAAGCGAGAGGAUAAGGAUUCUGCAGAGACUUGUUCCUGGAGGGACGAAGAUGGAUACAGCUUCCAUGCUCGAUGAAGCUAUACAUUACGUGAAGUUCUUGAAGAAACAAGUGCAAACGUUGGAGCAAGCUGGGGUUAAUAAUAAUGCUCAGAUGGGUAAUUUUGCUGCAGGGAUGACGAAUGUGAAUUACUCUACCUUGGUCAAGGCUCCAGCCUGCUCAAAUGGUGGGGUCCUUCCAAAUGCCUAGGUGAUUGAUUAUAUAUGGAAGAUUAUAUCGAGUCUUCAUGCGUUUCUUCUUCCUCCAUCUUUUUCUUAAUUAGUGUGUAUCAAACAGCUCUCUCUAAUGGAUGUCAUUGCUCAUAUCAGUUAAUUAAUUAACCUUUUUUUUAUUUUCUUGAGGACGUUUAAUUAAUAUUCUGAAUGCAAAAAUUGAAAUAAUGGCUUCA